AUGGAAGGUGUUGAAAGACAACAAUCUGCAGAGCCUUCGGCCUUGAUCACCAGCAGUGCUGAUCGUAUGGUGGGCAUGGACCAUGCUGAAGUGCGUUACUUCACCAGCUAUGAUCACCAUGGAAUUCAUGAGGAGAUGCUUAAAGACGACGUCCGGACUCGGUCAUACCGCGAUUCCAUUUAUCAGAACCGCCACAUUUUCAAGGACAAGGUUGUUCUUGAUGUCGGGUGUGGUACUGGUAUUCUGAGCAUGUUCGCCGCAAAGGCAGGCGCCAAGCACGUAAUCGGCGUGGACAUGUCCUCGAUCAUCGAGAAGGCGCGCGAGAUUGUCGCGGUCAACGGCCUCUCAGACAAGAUUACUCUUCUUCAGGGAAAGAUGGAGGAGGUCCAGCUCCCGUUUCCCGCGGUGGAUAUCAUUAUCUCCGAGUGGAUGGGAUACUUCCUCCUUUAUGAAAGCAUGCUGGAUACCGUUCUGUACGCUCGGGACCGCUAUCUUGCUCCUGGCGGCAAGAUCUUCCCUGACAAGGCCACCAUGUACUUGGCUGCGAUUGAGGAUGGCGAGUACAAGGAUGACAAGAUCGGAUUCUGGGAUAACGUUUACGGAUUCGAUUACAGCCCCAUGAAGGAGAUUGCCCUUACGGAGCCCCUUGUGGAUACCGUCGAGCUCAAGGCCCUGGUCACGGAUCCUUGUUCUAUUAUCACUUUCGAUCUUUACACGGUCACCAAAGCAGACUUGGCGUUCAGGGUUCCUUUCUCCCUUCCCGUCAAGCGCAGCGAUUUCAUUCACGCCAUCAUUGCGUGGUUCGACAUUGAUUUCACCGCUUGCCACAAACCCAUCAGCUUCUCCACUGGUCCCCACGCCAAGUACACACACUGGAAGCAAACCGUGUUCUAUCUCCGCGACGUCCUCACUGUUGAAGAAGAGGAGUCUGUGUCCGGUAUCUUGGAGAACAAGCCAAACGAUAAGAACCCUCGUGAUCUAGACAUCCAGAUUUCUUACAAACUUGAGACCACGGACAACUUGCGCUAUGCCGAGGGCAACUGCUUUUACAGGAUUCACAAUCUCGCGAAUCAGUCAUGGCUCUACCUUACUAACCCGGCAAUUCAGGCGGUCGGCUCCCGGGGCCUGCCAAACGCAGUCCGUCCUUUGACGCUGAAUCGGCAACCCGUCUCCAUCCGCCGUUACUCAAGCAUUCCGCCUGAAAAUGAGACAACCUCCGCUCAGGAGAAGCAGAUUCCUUCAAACACUUCCUCCGAGAGUGAAAAGAAGACCUCCCCGUCGCCUUCAGCCGAGACCUCAGCGACGGAUGAAAAGAAAUCUCUAUCAGCAGCGCCUGUGAACGAGACAUCUUCGACAGAGGCCAAUGGUAACACACUGGCAGAUGGAGAUGGUACAGCAUUUAUUGAUGGAAAGGAGAAUUUGACGGCGACCACAAACGAGGCCUCCACAGCCGAUUCAGAGACAGCUGACAGGAAGACCAAUGCGGAGUUCGAUUCAAUACCGAAGAAUGCUGCGAGAAGAUUUGUUUCAGUGCGCUUAGGUCCUCUUGGAUCAAAUGUGACUCGUUAUGGGGAGUUUGGACCCUUUUUCCUCAGGGAAAAUUGCCAGUGCCCAUUGUGUCUCCAUCCAGAGACGAAGCAAAGAUCCGUGGAUACUUUCUCGAUACACCCUGCGGUCAAUGCUAAAGACAUCAUAUACAGUCCUAACGUCGUUGAAGUACUCUUCUCUGAUGAACAUCGGGGACUAUAUCCAUAUUCAUGGUUAAAUAGCCAUGUCAACCUCACCACCGAGAGGAAAACAUAUUCUGCGCCAUUCAAGUUCAGAGACUUCUCAUCCUACAAUCCUAAUCAAGACUCUUACCCUGAAGUCGAGUACUCCGAAGUUAUGUCUGACGACGCCGCGUUGUUAGCAUGGUUUGAUGAGAUUUACAAAUGGGGUUUCUGCUUUGUGAAAGGAGUCCCUGUGGAUCCUGAAUCAACCAAAGCACUUCUCGAGCGGAUUUCCUUUAUCAGACACACUCAUUACGGCGGUUUCUGGGACUUUACAUCCGACUUGACCUUCAAGGAUACUGCCUACACCACGGAAUUCUUAGGCGCGCACACAGACAAUACAUAUUUCACUGACCCGGCUAGACUUCAACUAUUCCACCUUUUGUCGCACACUGAUGGCCAUGGCGGGGCCAGCUUGCUUGUAGACGGUUUCAAGGCUGCCUCCAUCAUGCGACAAGAGAAUCCAAAACACUGCGGAGUCCUUGCCGCUACCAAACAACCAUACCACUCAAGUGGGAAUGAGGACGUAUGCAUACAACCCGCAGAGCAGGCCCCUGUCUUCAAAAUUCAUCCCGAGUUGAGCCGACUAUACCAAGUUCGAUGGAACAACUACGAUCGAGCUGCGAAACGAGACUGGGGAUUGAAGGAGCAGAACCGAUGGUAUAACGCAGCACGCCAUUUUAACAAUAUUAUCCAGCGCCCGGGCGUUGAAAUAUGGACACAGCUUCAGCCCGGAACUGCGCUCAUUUUCGACAACUGGAGAAUGCUUCAUGGUCGUUCCGAGUUCACUGGCAAGCGGCGGAUGUGUGGUGGAUAUAUCAACAACGAUGACUUCAUCUCACGUUAUCGACUUCUGAAAUAUGGAAGAGAAAAGGUUAUCGAAAAUCUGGGUAACCUUGCUAUCUUUAAGGGUAAUCCCAAUUUCCUUCUGUGA